AUGAAGUUGAUGUUGAUACUUUUUGCAAGUUGGGUGAGUUUAGCAGAAAAUUCUAAAUUAGUUAGAAAAUUUCACACUUUGAAGAUGGAGAACUGUCGAAUCAAUGCAUCAAUCCAAGCGGACGUAGUUGCUCCAAAAGUGUCAACAAAAUUUUUUAAUUUCUCUGCUAUAUUCCAUGUAAGGGAGGAUAUUCUUGGCAAUUUAACGUUUACAGUAGACACAAACAAAUGUUCUUUGGAUAUGAAAAACUGCGAAAAAUAUUUGAACGUAGAGUUUUGCCGACGUUUUGAGGAAAAGCACAUGUUUUACUCUGCCAUGCUUAGUAAUAUUGCACCACCGUUAAUAUGUCCUUUUACAGCAGGAGAUCACAUUUUAAAGCCUUCAAUUUUGGACUUUUCAUUCGUUGAUAUGUUUCGUUUAGAAGGCUUUAUCUGGGUUGCCAAUUUCAGACUCAUUGCAAUAACCAACAAAGGAAAAACCAAAAAAAUUCUUAGAAAAACAUCAUCAAAAUCUUUACUUCAAGUUCUAACGUGA